AUGGCAGCAACCUUCUCAUACGCGCAAGCCGCGAAAGGCAUCUCGAGCCCAGUCUCCAUCAGCAAGCCAGCUUCUGGCUCUGCAACACCGGCCAAGGUCGAUGCCUCUAAAGCCGCGAUCACCUCCGUCACUCAAGUAAACAAUUGGGCCGACGAUGCCGAGACUGAGUCCUCGACCGACCGACCCGCGACGAACGGCGAGCUCCGAACAUCCGCCUCGAAGCCUACGACCCCUGCUCAGUCCGCCGAGUCGAUUGAAACACCCACUCCUGACAUUGAUUCUCUGUCAGCUUCGACAGUGACAAAGGACGACGAUGUGUCCUCCCAGCCUAACAUGUCCUCUGAGUCCACAUGGGACAACAAGUCGCAGGCUUCUACUUCGGUCGACAAGCCUGUUGAGCCAGUGGAGAAGACAUCAGAGAAGCCAGAGAGAAGCGAAAAGAGCAAAAAGGGCAAGAAGAACCACGACAAGGGCGAGAAGGAGAAGGAGAAGGAGAAGGAGAAGGAGAAGGAGAAGGAGAAGGAGAAAGAGAAGGAGAAGGAAACGGAGCCAGCUAAGCCUCUCAAGGAGGCACCUCUGCCCACGGUGAACAUCUGGCAACAGCGCGCAGAUGAGCAGAAGACCAAGGCAAAGCCUGUAGUUUCGCCACUCGCAACGGCAGGGGCCAAGAAGAGCACCCCUGAAGGGAGAACCGCAGCUACUGAGAGCAAGUCAAAGGGCCGUGAGGAGGAUAAGUCGGUUCCUUCGCGAAAGGAUACAAGGGGAGAUGCGGAGAAGAAGGGAACUAAGGGCAGGCCCUACGAGAAGGAUGCAAAGGCAGCGUCAAGCGCCAUGCCCCUUCCUCCUAACCAAGACCAGAAAUCUUGGCCGACACCGGAGAUAGUGGUGGACGAGGACCGUAAAAAGGCUCAAGAGAAGGGUGAGAAGGAGCGCAAAGACAGCGCACCCAGCGCCACCUCAGGCAAACAGGAAUGGGUAAAGGUCCCGUACACACCAUCCGUUGUCUUCAACACACCGUUACCUAGUGCGACAAGCUCACGCAGGGGUGGCAGGCCUGGGGGUCGUGGAGGAGCUCAAUCUGGCGGCAGACCUGCUGGCUUAGGUGCGAACGGUGUUGCGCAACCUGAAAAGGAUGCAUCAACAACAGACACCGCACCCAACGGCGAGCAGCCUAAACGUGAAGUCAACGGUGUUGCCGGAGAUGCGUCUCCCAAACCCAAUCGCACAGGAAGUGCUUUAUCGCCGGUUCUCAAGGAGCAAGUACCAGCAGUCAACGGAGAGAAGUCUCUGAAGGGGCCUGGUGCUGCACCAUUUGAGCCCGAGGCACCCAAGCGUGCCUCCACCACGGGAGAUGUGCCUAACCAGAAUGGAACAUUCCCUCGUCAGUACCCCAACAGGCCUGGUAAGGGUCGCAGGGGCGACUUCGCCGGCUCCGAGCGAAGAAGGGAGGGUGAUGCGUCCCCUAUCAAGGAUGCCAAUGGCGCCGCCACUCAGACCGAUGGCUCUGGUGAGAACGAGCGACGACCGUUCGACGGGCCGAACGGCGUCCACUCAAAGCAGAGCCGGUACAACAACUCGUACGCUGGCGGGCGGGACAGGCCGCGCGGUGGUGGUCGAGGAGGCCGUGGUGGGUUCACCAACGGUCACCAGUUCACUAAUGGACACGCUCAGCCGAGCAGUGGGUCGUUCUCGAUGGGCCCCAGCUCGCCCACCACCUUCAACCCUGGGAACAACUCUUUCUUCACAGCACCCCAGAGCAAGUUCGGUCGCAACAGCCAUCGCUCACAGUCUGUUGCCGAGACUUUCCGCUACCCGCCGUUCCAAGGUGCUCCUCAGAUGGCUCCUCUCAACACCUACAAUGCGUACGACUACAACAUGAUGCAGCCCAUGAGCGCUGCCCCUUACAACCCAUAUGGUGUCGACCAGUUCGCUCUGUUCCAGAUGAUCACGACUCAAGUGGAAUACUACUUCUCAGUGGACAACUUGUUGAAAGACAUGUACCUGCGCAGGCACAUGGACUCUCAAGGUUUUGUAUCCCUUGACUUCAUCGCUGCCUUCAACCGUGUCAAGAAUUUGACCACCGAUGUAGAGCUGCUCAAGCUUGUCUGCCAGCAGUCUAGCCACGUUCAAUAUCGCACUGGCGAGGAUGGCCGUGACAGGCUCCGCCGCCGCGAGGGAUGGGAGCAGUGGGUACUUAGCAUGUCCGACCGAGACGAGUCUGCCCAGAACGAGGGCCCAAAGGAACUGCACAACCCUCCAGUCCCUAAUCCUGCUGGCUUCGAUCAGUCCAAUCCUCCUCAGUACCCGACCAUGCACAUUGGGUACGGAAACGAUGUAUCAUAUCCCCAGCAGAACCCUUUCGUUCCAAGCGCUCCUCAAGACGCCGCCGCGGUACCAACCGAGGACUUGACCAACGGUACAAACCCGGACGGCGCGAACGGCGCUGCUAUAUCGAAUGGUCGACCCGUCGAGGAAUCGACCAAGGCUGUGAGUGCAGAACCCGAUUCAUUUUCUGACGCGCAGUUGGGAAACUUGGCAAUUAUUGUUCGCAAGACAAAUAAGUUAUUGCCAGCGUUGCGCCCUUCAGCUUUAUGAACGUUUUCUAACGGUUCCCUCGAUAGUAA